AUGAAUCUUUACAAUGUCCUUACAGAACCGAAAACCCCAGCAGCGUCCAACUACUUCGUUACAGUGGCCGAACUGAAGAAACCCGCUGAACCGAAACCCUACACGAGAGCUGCUGGCUCGAAUGUGAUUAGCACUGAGGUGACGAUUGAGCCCAAACAAACGCCUAAAAAGCCUCAACCGCUUAAACUCAAAGAACAAGAGAUGGAAACUGCUCCAGAAGAGCCGAGUACUCGUGGCAAAGAGAGCUGGGAAUCGGCAGCUGCCUACAUUCGCCGCAAGAAUCGUGACCGACGUAUUCGCAAUCGUACCAUUGGCUCAACCGACGAGGCGCUACGGGAUCUCGACAGGGUCACAGAAAGUAUUUAUGACGGGCUCAAUCUGCUUCUCAUCGAAUUACCCCUGAAUAAUGCAGUCAAGUUGGGAACUGGCAUUAAGAUGGGCAGUGAUGGCCCUCCCGUAGUUGAAUGGUGGUCCCAUCUGUUGGAAAGAUAUAGUGAUUGUGCUGUAACACUGGUGGCAGAUACUUCUCACUUUCAGAGCGCUGCAACGGCACGCGAAGAGCUUCGUGCUUAUGAUCAUUCACCGGAGCGGGUCGACUACAGAACCACACCCUAUGGCGGUGGUGACAUGCGCAACUACUACUCGUCUAAUGCCAGUCCUAGCUACACCAGGAAAUUUGACGAGAACCAAUCGUGGGCGUCCGAGCCGCGACGUUUCGAAGUGUACAAAACCAGGGCUGAGCGAGACGCCGAGAGGAAUGCUCAUGCACCAAGCGGCGCCCCCUCCUACCGCCCCGCCUCCUAUUACUCGACUGCAAGUGACCGCCCACUGACUAGUUUUGCCUAUAGAAAGCAAGAUGAUGCAUUCAAAGUUGACCCAUACCGUCCUGCAGAAACCUACAGAAACCGGUUCGAGGAGAACUACCCUUACAAGAAAAUUCCAUAUGAGUAUGAGAAAGGAGCUGUCUCAGGAACGGAUUACCACGCGCCGUCGUCGGCUACGAUUUCCCAGGAUACAAACGUGGUCGUGCCGAACAGGUUCCGUCCCAUUACUCGGCGAUUCUUCAAGAGCGACAACGAUAGGCCAUACAUUCGCACUCGUUCAAUGGAUCGCAAGCAAGGCUUCGGAGAAGAUUACGACUAUACAGCUCAGUUGAGGAAUCGGCAUAUAACACCUGAACCGGUCGCUGACUACUCCUAUGUGAACUACCAUGAUUCAUCAAAUGGUAGAGCCAGUAUCGCCAGGGACGAGAAGGGACAGCCGAGAAGCAUUUUGAUAAACAAACAGAGUGUUGAUGUCGAACAGCGAAGUGGAGGUGACGAGGCGGUCAAUCGAGGAGAAGGCGGCGCCAACGUCGGGCCGGUGCGCUCGGUUCGUGUGCAGUGCUGCUAUCCGUUAUCCCCUAGUCUAUCCCCUCCCUAUUUCUGUCUCAAAGGCUGUGUUCCUGCUUCAGUUUGGGUUCAGGUUUUGUUUGUGAUAUCGGAAGAGUGA